GACGGACUCCUCCCCCCUGUGCUUGAUAUGCUGUAUAAAUGCAGCAUCAGUGAGCCAGCAGCAGUUUCUGAAAGCUAAUUGUUGCCCAAACAUGAAGGGACUUAGCUUGGUUCUCCUCGUUCUUCUCCUGAUGCUUGCGACUGCGGAGGCAGAUGAUCCGGAGAUGCAGUAUUGGACCUGUGGGUAUAGAGGACUCUGCAGACGGUUCUGCUAUGCCCAAGAGUAUAUUGUUGGACACCAUGGAUGUCCUCGAAGAUACAGGUGUUGUGCUAUGCGUUUUUAGCACUUUGCUGGUGGUCCAGAGAUGCCUGCAUGCUGUUACAAGACAGGUGGCUGGGAUACUGCUUCUCUGACCUAGCCCACUUUGGUCUCCAAACAUGUUGGAUCCAACAGAGAGUUUCUGAAGUGAAUCUUUACCAGUUUAUCUUUACCUACUAGAUAAAAUAUUAGAUACACCAUACGUUUGCGCCCUCUUAAUUGGAAAUAUUUACUAUAUCAUUUGCUUUGCUGCCAAUAAAUGCAUUAAAAUAAA